CAAUUAUCAGAGAAGACACUAAAACUAAGAAGAAAAGAGAGAAUGAAACCAAACUGCUCUCAGCAAAUUCAUUUAUCCUUUCUUCUUCAACUAUCUUUAAUUCCGUCGUCACCUUUGCAGGGAGCUACAGGAACAGAGAAUAGACAUACAUGGGGUUUCCCCUACUUUCUUCUGCAUUAUGGAAUCCUUCUCCUAGCUGUUGUUCCUCUAGUGUGGAGCUUAUCUGGCCCCACCUAUCUUCUAAGUCAUGUUGUCUUGGGUUGAAGUUUAAGUGCCAACAAUUUUACAAAGGUAGAUCAACAAUGCUGGGAGUUUUAGUUUGUUCUAGUCGAAGGCCCACAAGCAAAGAAACUGUGUGGAGACGAAAAAUAUUACCACAAAAUGAGGAUUUACCGCCAAUUUUACCAAAGAAUAAGAAAAAACCCUACCCAAUUCCCUUUAAGGAAAUACAACAGGCUGCAAGGGAGGACAAGAAACUUGCGCAGAUGGGAAUAGAGAAACCUCUUGAGCCUCCGAAGAAUGGAUUGCUUGUUCCAGACCUAGUUCCUGUUGCUUAUGAAGUGUUUGAAGCUUGGAAGCUUUUGAUUAAAGGUCUUGCCCAGCUCUUGCAUCACAUUCCUGUACAUGGCUGUAGCGAAUGCUCAGAAGUUCAUGUAGCUCAAACUGGUCACAACUUUCGGGAUUGCUCUGGUCCCAGUGGUAGGGAGCGUCGGAGUUCUCAUGCUUGGGUAAAGGGUUCAGUCAAUGAUAUACUUGUCCCAAUCGAGUCCUAUCAUCUUUUUGACCCCUUUGGUAGGCGUAUUAAACAUGAUACACGAUUUGAAUAUGACCGGAUUCCAGCCAUUGUUGAGUUAUGCAUACAAGCUGGUGUUGAUAUCCCAGAAUAUCCUUCACGCCGAAGGACCAAUCCCAUACGGAUGUUAGGGAAGAGAGUAAUUGACAGAGGUGGAAAUUUAGAGGAACCUAAACCAUGGCGCUUUGCAGACCCCUCUUCACUCAAUGAUUUCGAUACAUACAGAGCUUUUGAACGAUUUUCUCGACCAUCAUUGUCAGAUCUACCUAAAAUUGCCAAAGAAACAAUGGCUGCAUAUGAAAUUGUGAAAAAGGGUGUCAGGAAGUUGAUGAGGAAGUACACUGUGAAAGCGUGUGGUUAUUGCACUGAGGUUCAUGUGGGGCCAUGGGGCCACAAUGCUAAGCUUUGUGGUGAAUUUAAGCACCAAUGGAGGGAUGGGAAACAUGGUUGGCAGGAUGCUACUGUGGAUGAAGUUUUCCCUCCAAAUUAUGUGUGGCAUGUGAGAGACCCUAAUGGGCCUCCUUUGGCAUCUGCACUAAGGAGAUAUUACGGAAAGGCUCCGGCUGUUGUUGAAGUGUGCAUGCAAGCAGGUGCACAGAUACCAUAUGAGUACAAGCCCAUGAUGAGGCUUGACGUUAUAAUUCCGGACCCUGAGGAGGCAAGAAUGAUUGCAUGAUGUGAUCUGAAAGGGCAGCUAUCUUCGUCUGUCAUUAUACAUGCAUAUUGUGUGAUCCUGGCGUGAGAAUGCAUUCAAUGAUCUACCAGAAGGGGAGGCCUUGAGAUCAAUCUUCAAUAUUACGUAUCGGAUUUAUUUAUUAGGUGCUAGAUUCCCAUAUAUCCAAUGUUAGUCUACAUGUAUACAAAGCCAACAGUAGAGCAAGUAGGUUUUAUCAGAUAACUUUGGUUCGCCAGUUUGUAAAAUGUCUUAAACUAGCGAAAAGUUGGUAGAAGUUCAAUGCAUGUGUUAAUUUAUUUUGUCACA